AUGGGGAUCCUACCUGCUUUAGAUUCUCGUCCACGUUUGGUUCUCCCAGAUACCCCGCCGGAGCUGGUGAGCCCAGGUGCCUCGUCGUACUCGUCUAGCUCAUCGCUGCCUGCGGACCAACCUUGGAUCUCACCCUCACUCACUUCUCCUUCCAUGUCCAAGUAUGAGAAGCCUCUGACAGUCGACAUGUCGUCCGUGGAUCAGAGCGCGGAGGGAGGGCAAAGCCGACCAGGCUCAGCCGCCCAAGCUGCACCUCGACAACAGUUGCCGUCGUUGAGCAGCCUCUUCGGGCCUCCCCCGCCUGUACGACCACUUCACUCUCCCGUUUCGGACCAACCCAGCACCUUCUCUGCUACCUCACCUUUGGACCAUCCCCGGGCACCUUCUGGAGACCGGCACCACCCGGCCUCUUACUUCUCGCAAACUCUUUCCCCUCCCGUAUCGCAGCCCAGGACCACUUACGAUACCAAGUUCGAAUCGGACCGCCACCCACCCCAUGGUUUGGCUAGAUCCUUCUCCGGCCCUGAGUCGCCUAGAUUCCGCGAUGCCGAUCACAUCCGUCCGGCUUCGCGAGCGGAUGGUCAAGCUGGCAAGUGGUCUAUGCAGCAAGAUACUGGCCGCCACGACUACACAUUGGGAUCUCGAGAUUCAUCUUUCCGAUCGCCACAGGAUCAGUUCCGACUUCACUUCCCCGGAACCAAGGAUCGCGCUCCUCCUAGCUACUCCGACCAAAGGUCGGCCCACGGAGGACCGAAUCCCCCUCCAACGCCCACCAGCACCGUCGUCUCUGAAGGUAUUCCGUCAAAAGAUGGCCUGGGCCCCAAGAUAUGGACCGGGUCCCAUUUCUUGCCUCGAUUUGUGCGAGCCGCCGAAGUACCUGGCGAAGGAAUGUGCUACUUCUACGAUGAUGGCAGCCACUGCAAAACGGUCAUUGAUGGCGAAGCAGUUAAUGCACACUGGGGAGUUACCAAGGCAGGAAAGCCCCGGAAGCGACUCGCAAUUGCGUGUGUGACGUGCCGAGAGAAGAAGAUCAAAUGUGACCCAGACUAUCCUCGCUGUGUCCAGUGCGAGAAGUUUGGCCGAAUCUGCAAGUUCAAGAAUGCCCCGAGAGGAGGCCACACUUCUCCGUCAACACCACCCGCCGAACUCGACGACAUGCGCAAGUUGAGCGGGCCAUCUAGGCAGAAUGAUUUGCGGAUAUCCGGAAGCGAGACUAGUUCGCCUGUCUCGCCAAGAACCACCUUGCGCCAGCCUUCACCAGACACAGGUUCCCACAAGCGACUUCGAGUGGGAUACGAUAGCUAUGUUCCUGGUGGACCGCCAGUUAUCUCAAUGGCGACCGCUGAGCCGACCAGAGUCCAUUUUCCAGUUCAACACGAAACUGCCGAGUUGCCUCGUAUCCCCGAAGACGUCUUGGGCCGGGCCUGGGGCACCGAUCCUUCUUUGUCUGAUCCUCAGUCUAUUCGAGUCGUCAUCUCGCAGUUUUUUCUUAACCUCGACAAUACGAAGAUCAUGCGAUUCAUCCCCGAGGCACAAUUCAAAGCUUGGGUUGCCAAUCCGAACCACCGAAAAUCCCCCGAAGACCUGAUGCUCUUGUAUAGUAUGCUGGCUGUCGGAGUGGCUUUGUCAGGAGGACCGAAACCCAUCGCCUUUGAGUACGCUCAGGUGGCACAUUACGCUCAGAGAGUCACGGCCGUCGGCUCUUUGCAGCUCGUUCAGAGCAGGAUCCUCCUUGCUCUCUACUACCUCUCGAUAUCCCACAUGCCAGAUGCAAAUGAGAUGAUCUCAGCAGCAAUCGCCGCCACAACAUGCUUGAAGCUUAACGUGGAACUCGAGGAGUCAAAUGAUGCAGUCUUGACGAUCUACCCCUUUGGAAUGACCAAAUCUGGAUACCGCGAGUCUAGGAGAAGGACCUUUUGGUCAUUGUUUAUGCUGGAGCGUCUGGACGGACAUUUCCCUGAUCGACCAGCGAUGAUCAACGCCGAGGACAUCUACACUCGCCUCCCUGCCGACCCACAAAGCUUCGAGCGUGAGAUUGAGAGUUCCUCGCCGAUGUUCAACCCCUACAUUUCGAACAUUGCCGGCAGUAACGACAGAGAGCUUGGGAUCUCCGCUUAUCUUGUGGAGAUGGUGCAUAUAUGGUCCAGCGAUGUUUCUCGGAUAUACCGAAUGGCUCGUCGCACCACUUUGUUGGACACCGACUCGGAGUCGUCGCGGAGGAUGCUGAAGCGAAUUCAAGAUUGGCAUCACGCGCUGCCUUCUCGAUUACUAUUCAUCCCCACGAACCUCGAAUCUAUAGUACUGGCAGGUGAACUUGGUCCGUUCUUGACCAUGCAUUUGCUGUAUAAUCAUGCUAUGAUCAAGCUGAGCCGCCAUAGUGUCGCGGCCGGACGGUCAUCUCCCCAAACGACAUCACUCCACGUUCAGCGGUGUUACGAACACUCCACGAACGUCUUGGACGUGGUCAAGGCCCUCCUGCGACUCCACAGAAAUGGACAAGACGUCAUCAGUGCAUCCCCUCCGGUGAUGGCCAUGGUAGCGACAGAAGCUGUGGAUGUCUUGACAGCUAGUGGACGGCUAUCGCACCUCGGUGACGUUAUUGACGACGUCAGAAUGGCUCUGAGCAUUGUGGAUGCGAUGGGAGCUAUUUGGGAAGACUCUCGAAACGCUCAGGAGGCCAUUGAUGGCCGCCUGGGAAUGCUGCUCCGAAUUCGGGAUCGGGGCAGCCAGCCAACAAGUCCUAUCGAAGGGUACCGUAUUAUGUAUGGUGCUGAGAAACAAGGAGACGAGAAUGGUCUCCGAUGGCAAAUCAUCAACCCGAUCGAGAUCCUCUAUCCUAAAGACAUGGAUAACAUUUACUCCACGCUCAUGUGA